AGCAGUCCUGCCCCGCACCCUGCCCCGCACCCUGCCCCGCACCAGCCCUGCCCGCGGCCGGCAUGGCUCCCAAGGGCGGCCCCGGCGGGCGGCAGCAGUCGGAGGAGGAUCUGCUGCUGCAGGACUUCAGCCGCAACCUCUCCGCCAAGUCCACCGCGCUCUUCUUCGGCAACGCCUUCAUCGUCUCCGCCAUCCCCAUCUGGCUCUACUGGAGGAUCUGGCACAUGGAUCUUGUCCAGUCCGCGGUCCUGUACAGCGUGAUGACCCUCAUCAGCACCUACCUCGUAGCUUUUGCCUAUAAGAAUGUCAAGUUUGUUCUCAAACACAAAGUAGCCCAGAAAAGGGAGGAUGCUGUUUCCAAAGAAGUGACUCGCAAGCUGUCCGAGGCAGACAACAGGAAGAUGUCUCGUAAGGAGAAGGAUGAAAGAAUUCUGUGGAAGAAAAACGAAGUUGCAGAUUAUGAAGCAACAACUUUUUCCAUCUUCUACAACAAUACUCUCUUUCUGGUCUUGGUCAUCAUUGCUUCAUUUUUUGUGCUGAAGAACUUCAACCCCACUGUAAACUAUAUUCUUUCUAUAAGUGCUUCAUCUGGACUGAUUGCUCUGCUGUCUACAGGAUCCAAGUAAAGAAAAAAAAAACAACAAAAUCCCCACCAAUUUGUAUCUCGGGGGGGGGGUUUAACUGCCAAACAAGAGUUUAAGGGUGGAACAGGAAUACCAUUUUUUUUUUUUUAUAGCAUGGCUGCUUGAGGCUUUGGGGGGAGGGCUGGCAUCCAAAAUGAGUGGAUUGUAUUUACUUUUGGUAGCUUUAUAUGGUGUUACUCAGGCACUGAUUUUUUUGCUGUUACCAAACGUCACCUCAGCAGCAGGGUGUGGGUGGGACUGUCCCACAAGGGACACAGCAGCACCUGCAAGAGCCAACCUUACUGGUCAGCAAAAGUGACAAUCCACCAUUUAUCAGUGUAAUUUUACAAGUCUUAAUAAAAAGGAAGCUUUUUUUGUCAUUUAA